UCUGACAGAAGGAAGUAGAGACGCAAGAAACCAGCUCGUUUAAGGGGGUGUUUACCUGAUACUUACAAAAUAAAAUCUGUAAUGUAAUGCCGUUAAAUCGCGAGCUGAGGAAGGAUAUGUCUUAAUGUAUUUCAUACCUGAGGCCAGGAUUAGUGAGAGGACCUCUCGUCCGUACGUUAUCCAUAUGAGGAAUGCUGGGAGCAUGCAGCCCGUGUACAGAAGAGACGCUGGAGUCUGGAACCAAACGAGAAGUCUUCUCUACAAGAAUCUGCUCAUCAAAUGGAGGACCAAGCAGCAGAGCCUGCAGGAAUUGAUCCUCCCUCUGCUCCUGUUGGGGCUCCUGAUACUCAUCAGCACCCUGAACCCUCAUGUUUACUAUGGCGGCAUCAGCACGACGGAGCUGGAGAGUGACAGCCACUUCUUCAAAGGCCUCGGCUACACACCAAUCAGUAACAUCACCACUUACAUCAUGGAAGAGGUGGCUCAGAAUAUGCUUAUGCAGGAUCGUCUGGAGAUGUUCUCCAGUGAGGAGGAUCUGGAGAACGCCAGCCUCUACGAGCCCUCCAGCUACGUUGGCGUCGUGUUCAUGGACAGCUCGGCCACAUCUUACAAACUCCGUUUCCCGCACAACCAGCUGCCUUUACCCAGUGACUACACAGAGUCUAUUGCCAGCUGCUUGUCGAGCUCGGUAAACUGCAGGGCUGCAAAUUACUGGUACUCCGGCUUCAUUCACCUCCAGUCUCUGAUCGACGCAGCCAUUAUUCAGAUGCAGACAAAACGUUCGGUGUUGAGCGAGCUGGAACUGAAGGCGGUGAUGAUGGGUCAGCCCGGCUCUGUGGAGGUUCAGAAGUUCCCCCACGCCCUCAUCUCCAUCUACCUGGUCCUGGCUUUCACGCCCUUCGUCACCUUCCUCAUCGUCAACGUGGCGGCUGAGAAAGAGCAUCGUCUCAAAGACACCAUGACCAUGAUGGGGCUUUACGACACAGCCUUCUGGUUAUCAUGGGGCCUCCUGUACGCUGCUCUGGUGACCACCAUGUCCAUCCUGAUGGCCAUCAUCGCGACGUACACAGCGUUGUUUCCUAACAGCAACUUCCUUGUCAUCUUUUUCCUCAUAUUCCUGUAUGGAAUAUCAUCAAUCUUCUUCUCCUUCAUGCUGACUCCGCUGUUUAAGAAGCCCAAGUUUGCCAGCACGGUGGGAUCCAUGCUGACGGUGGUGUUUGGCUGCUUGUCACUCUUCACCGUCCUCGUGAAGGAUUUCCCACAGCCGCUGGUGUGGCUUCUGUGCCUGCUGUCGCCCAGUGCCUUCUCCAUCGGCAUUGCACAGGUUGUUUACUUGGAGGCACAGGGAGACGGUGCUGUAUUUUCUUCUCUGACUAACGGGCCUCAUCCUUUGUACGUGCCGUUGCUGAUGCUGGUUGUGGACUGCAUCCUUUAUCUUCUGCUGGCUACCUACCUGGACCAGGUGCUGCCUGGUGAGUUUGGAAUGCGGAGGUCCUUGGUUUACUUCCUGAAGCCGUCCUAUUGGUCCAAAUGCAGAAAGCGCUAUGUUGAGGUGAGCUCGGUGUACGACACUGAGCUGAACGGCGCUCCUGGUGGGGACGAGUCUAUCGAGCCGGUUUCUCCCGAGUUCAGAGGGAAAGAAGCCAUCCGCAUCAAUAACAUCCGCAAAGUGUACAAAGAAAAGGACAACGUGGUGGAGGCUCUGAGGGGUUUGACCUUUGACAUCUAUGAGGGACAGAUUACUGCUCUGCUGGGACACAGCGGGGCUGGAAAGUCCACCCUCAUGAACAUCCUGUGUGGGAUCUGCCCGCCGACGAACGGCACGGCCACCAUCUACGGCUCGCCUGUGGCAGAGAUUGCCGACGCGUCCGAAAUGAAGCAGCUGGUGGGAAUCUGCCCUCAGUUCAACAUCAUCUUUGAUGUGCUCACGGUGGAGGAGCACCUGAGGAUAUUUGCUGCCAUCAAAGGGAUCCCACGAGCAGACAUCGACGCCGAGGUCACAAAGGUGCUGAAGGACCUGGACCUGGAGAAGAUCAUGACGGCUCAGGCCAAGAAUCUGAGCGGAGGCCAGAAGAGGAAACUGUCUGUGGGCAUCGCCAUCCUAGGAGAUCCAAAGAUCCUGCUCUUAGACGAGCCCACGGCCGGCAUGGACCCCUACUCCAGGCACCAGGUGUGGUCUCUGCUGAAGAGUCGCCGGGCCGGCAGAGUCACUGUGCUCAGCACGCACUACAUGGACGAGGCAGACAUCCUUGCUGAUCGCAAAGCUGUGAUCUCUCAAGGUCAGCUGAAGUGUGUUGGCUCCUCUCUGUAUCUCAAGAUCAAGUGCGGUGUGGGCUAUCAUCUAAGAAUGUCUAUCAGCGAGGCAUGUGACGCAGAGAAUAUCACGUCUUUGGUUAAGCAGCACGUUCCCAAAGCCAAGUUAUCCCGACAGCACGAGGCGGAGCUGACCUUCACUCUGCCCUUCGAGAGCAUGGACACGUUCCCAGGCCUGUUCUCGGAGCUCGACUCUCAACCCAGACUGGGAAUAGUCAACUAUGGUGUUUCCAUGACAACGCUGGAAGAUGUUUUUCUACGUUUGGAGGCAGAGGCUGAAGUGGAUCAGGCUGACUACAGCGUGUUUAAUCGAGAGCAGGCGGACGACGAGUGCGACACCGCCUCCCUGGACGACACGGACCAGAGGCUGCUCACGUUCUCCGACACAAAGUCGGACGUUGUGACGGGUCACGCCCUGUGGCGGCAGCAGUUCAGCACCGUGGCGUGGCUGCACAUGCUCAACAUGCGCCGGGAGAGGAAGGCCUUCAUUUACACUCUGGCCUUGUUCUUGGUGUUUGUGGCUGCAGUCCUGGUUUUGUCGCUGGCCACAGGAAACAUCCAGAUUCACUCCUCAGACCGCCAAUUUCUGCCAAUUUACCUCCUCAGGAGGAACCAGGCGCCCCAGAGAUACGCCACAAGCCUCCUGGUUCAGAACUCAACUGGCUCUGAUAUUUCCGAUUUCAUCCACAACAUCGAGUCUCAGGACAUCAAAGUGGAAAUGAUGAAGCAGAGCGACUACAUGGCGGCGGCUCCCCACAGCGCUGCCAUCAACGUAACAAGAUCCAGCAAGCAGGGUUUCAGAUACAGCGUUGCAUUUAACAGCACGACUGUUCACUCCCUGCCCAUGACUGUCAAUAUACUGAGCAAUGCUCUCCUAAGAGGUCUGAAUGGGACCGGGCAGAUCCGAACGUGGACCAAACCCUUUGAAUAUCAAAUCCCUGAUGCUACAUCCUACGCGCUGGUGUACAUAGAGGCGAUCAUACUGGGAAUGCUGGCAGCUGGAAUGCCGGCAUAUUUUGCAAUGGACCACACUCGAGACCGAGAGAUAAAGUGUCGCUCAACUCUGCGCAUCUCUGGUCUCGUACCGUCAGCGUACUGGUGCGGUCAGGCAGCGGUGGACAUCCCGUUCUAUUACCUCAUCCUGUCCUUCAUGUCUAUCAUCCUUUUCUCCUUCCACACCGGAAACCUGCUCAACUCCAGCAACCUCUCUGCGGUGGUUCUCUGCACCGUUGGCUUCAGCCCAGCCAUGAUUCUCUUCACUUAUGUGUCGUCUUUCGGCUUCGCCCGAGUCCAAAGCAACAGGGAUUUUUUCUCUGUCAUCUCCAUGAUGGUGUGCGUCGUGUCAGCCUCGGCGGUUCAGUUGUCCUUCGUAAACAACAAUCCAGCUUUGACAAGAACCCUGCACAACCUCUUGUGUUUGUUCAACCCGCUGUACCCUCUCAUGGGCUGUCUCAACUGCAUCACCAAGGCCACCUUCCUCCCGACUGUCUACGAGGAGAACUUCCUGUGGAAGAACCUGCUCAUUUCAGUUUUAGCUCCUUAUCUCCAGUGCAUCGUUCUGCUUUUCCUGCUUCGCUGGCUGGAGAUCCAUUCUGGAGGAAGGACGAUGAAAAACGAUCAGCUCUGCAGGAUCUCAUCCCAGUCCAAGGCCAAGGUGGAGAGGAACCUAGAAGAAGGCCAGAAUGAAGACGAAGAUGUCCAGAUGGAAAGGGCCAGAGUCAAAGAGGCCCUCAGCUGUCAGUCCUGUGAAGAGAAACCGGUCGUGGUUGUGAGUAACCUGAAGAAGCAGUACAAGGGCAGGAGAGAAGGAUUUUCUCUAAGCAAGAAGAGGAAGCUGGCCACAAAGAACGUCUCUUUCUGUGUCCGUAAAGGUGAAGUUCUUGGACUGUUGGGCCCCAACGGAGCAGGAAAGAGCACCAUCAUGCACAUGUUGGCAGGUGACACUGACCCCACUGCAGGCCAGGUGCUGCUGGGAGACUACAGCACUGAGUUUCGCUCAGUGGACAAUCCUCUGGAGCACGUGGGCUACUGUCCACAGGUGAACCCUCUGUGGCCUCGGGUCACUCUGCAGGAGCAUCUGGAGAUCUACGCCGCCAUUAAAGGCCUGAAAGGAGAGGACGUGCCGGGGAUCAUCAAACGUGUGGUGAAUGCUCUGGAGCUGAAGGACCACUUACACAAACAAGCCAAGACUCUGUCUGCAGGACUCAAGCGGAAGUUGUGCUUUGCCUUGAGCAUGAUCGGGAAUCCUCAGAUCGUCUUACUGGAUGAGCCUUCCUCAGGGAUGGAUCCAAAGUCCAAACAGCGCAUGUGGAGGGCCAUGCGAGCCGCUUUUAAGAACCGUCAGCGCGGAGCCAUCCUGACCACUCACUACAUGGAGGAAGCCGAGGCUGUGUGCGACCGCGUCGCCAUCAUGGUUUCUGGGCAGCUGAGAUGUAUCGGUUCCAUCCAACAUUUAAAAGGAAAAUAUGGCCGCGGUUACAGUUUGGAGGUGAAACUUAGAGAAGAGCUGACGGGGCUCCAGCAGGUGGCGCUGUUGCAUAAGGAGAUCCUACGAAUAUUCCCUCACGCCGCUCGGCAGGAGAGCUUUGCUACGCUGAUGGUUUACAAGAUCCCCAUGGAGGACGUCCAAUCGCUGGCCAAGUCUUUCUCCCAGUUGGAGAGCGCCAAGCAAACCUUCAACUUUGAAGAGUACAACUUCUCCCAGUCCACCUUAGAGCAGGUGUUUAUGGAGUUUGCCAAGGAGCAGGAGAACGAGGAGGACGAGGUGGGCUCCCUCAGCACAACUUUCCAGUGGCAGCGGCUGCGCCAGGACGGCUCCGUCUCGGUCAACCACACAGACAGCAUCGUGCACCAGCUCUGAACUCCACCCGAGAGGGAGCUGCCCGGUAACUGACCAGAAACCCGAAACUGCCAGGCUUCAGCGCCUGAGGGCUCACGCCAGCACUACCCCACAAACUGCACGCCCACCGCCUUUAAAAUGAUCGUCAGACCUGUGUGGGUGGAGGGGGCGGGCCUUGCAUACACUGGGAUUGACUGUGUGUUUGGGCUGUUGUGGCCUCUUCCUGUGGGAGCGCAUGUGUGUGUUGCUGUCGUCCAUCAGUGCUUUCUGAUUCGCACUGACCGAGGGGCCUGCAGUCUUUCUCAGCACGCUGAUGCCACACUUACUCCUCUUUCUAAUGUUUUUUAUCUUCACAGGGAGUCCGUUAAAUGACAAAAAAAAAAUUAUAUAUAUAUAUAAGCUUUGUGAUCCUUUCCGUCCGUCCUCCUGAGCAGGAGUGUUACUGUAAAUGUGUUUUCUCGUCUCUUUGGGUGUGGGGUUUUUUUUUUUUUGUUUUUUUUGUUUACUACCGUCCAUAAUCGUAAUGGUACCAAAGCAGCACAUCUCUGAACCACACCUCCUCACGUAUUGGCACUGACGAGUAUCUUUGGUUUAUUAGUGUUGGUAGCACGUGCAGAAAUCGCUCUGUCGUUGAUGUGAGCCUGUGAAGUGAACGCCUAUCUACUAACAUGCCUAAAGAGACAUGGUACAGCUCUUUAAACCUUUAAAAAAACCAACAAAAAAAUAAACUAACACCGUGUUUGCUUUUUAUUCUUCUGAGGCUGAAGAAAAAAGUCCCUUCCCCUCAUCUUACAGCAGCAUCCUCAUCUUAACGCCCCGACCUUGGUUCUCCAUAGUGUUUCAGCAUGCACGCUCACAAAGAGGAGGCUGGUUAUUUUCAGAAGUGGUAGCUGGAUUCUUUGGGGCGAGCGAUGAGCGUCGCCUGGCAGCAGGAUGCAGGAAUAUAGUGUAGAAUAUGCACACCAGUACAUGUAGCACUCCGCCCUCAUCUCAUGGCACUAGAGACACGAACGACCUCCGAGGUGGCGCUAGACGUUGGAUCCAGGCGGGGCUCGUUUAGGCGUUCUUUUCGUAACAGGUGUUGAAUGUACGCUUGGCCUCCGGUGAGAGGAGGGUUCGUAACUCAGUGACCGCUCCGUGGAGCUCCUGACGUCACUCGUGUUUCACGUUGGUGCCACUUUGGAUCAUGCAGCUGUGUUUUGUUAACUCUGUCUAGCUUAUUUGAUGUGUGUAUAUUGUGCUGUUUAUAGUGUUUGUGCGUGUAUUCUAGCACAGGGGUGUCAAACUCAUUUUAGAUUCUGGGUCCAGUUUUUCUUGAUGCUGUUCCUUACAAACGUGUAAAGAAAGCAGAUUUUUGCCUUUUUAUUUGGUAUGAAGAAGUUUUAAACUCUUAAAGAAAUCAGUCUGUAAAAUAAGAAAGUACCAGCUGAUCAUUGCCUGGACUUUGAUCUGUAAUGAAAACAGAAACUUUUAGUUAAUUCCCAGAAUUUUACUUUUUCUUUUUUUUUGCACAGUGGGGAAAAAAUGCACAUUUUCCCAGAAUUCCUCCUGGAUCAGAAUGGGAUUUUUAGGUGGUGACGAUGCAUGUAAGCACAAUUACUCCACAUACACUAAAGGCAAUAAGAAGUCUAUGCUACCUUACUUAACAAAUCUCUCUUUCCUUGUUAUUUCAGUCAUUUCAUGAAAAGAGGGGAGGGAUUUAAAAUAUGUUCUUUUUUUUUAGGGAAAGUGGUGCCAAAUUGUUUUAUAUUUAGGAAAAACCCUCCUUACUUUAUAGGCACAGUUUAGUUUGGAGGGGCAGAACUAGCUUUAGGAAUAAGGCGGUAAAGUGACCUCUGGCUCAGAGGAACUGGACGAGUCAGACUCUACUUUCUUAAGCAAAAAACGCAGUCCAAGCUGUAAAGCUUCUUUUAAUCUUCACAUUAUGUUUGACACCUCUGAUCUAGUAGAUUUGUACUAGGGAGUAACAUUGUUGGUGCACUACCCAUCAGCAAACCGACAAAUUGUAAUUCUUUCAUGACAUUCAGGUGUGAGGAUUUUGGCUUAAAGGGAAUUUAAGACACUUUUUACGAUGUUUGUUUUAUUUCUUUAGUGAUCAUAAAUGCAGCCAGGAGGGAGAUUUUUCUGCAGAUCAUGAGUACAUGUAUUUUUAUUUAAUUUGAGAGUGUUGCAGAAUGAUGUGCCGGCACAGGGGUGGAUCAGAUAUCUGGAACAGAAGUGUUGUGCAGCAACAUCACAAACUCAGUCCUCACAGUUGGAUUAUCUGAGCUCACAGAGGAUGUGUGGGGGUGUUUGUGUGUUGCUGGCGUGUUGGUGUGGUCCGACUCUGUAGCACAGAGUUAUUACCUUUUCUUGGAUUUCUUCUAAUUUUCAGAAAACAGCCAGCAACAUUUCUUCCAGCAUUUCUUCUAUUUCCUUUCCUGAGCCCGGUCGUGUGUGUGACUGUUUUUGAGGUGUCAGGGAUAAGUUACAUUUAUGUGUUUAUGCAGUAGCUGCCAUUCAUCUGUAAGGCGCUUUUUACUGGAGGUGAGUAGGAGCUCAGUGUCAGAGCUGUGUUUGUAAAGAUGUAUUACAUACAAGAAACAUUGAAAUAUACCUUUGGUGGAGGAAAUGAGUGGGAUUUCUGCUAUUAUGUCCUUAUUAAAUGUGAAAACUGAAGCCCUGUGGGUAUGUUUGUGCACACAUGUAGCCUUUAGUCCGCAGACUGAGUAGAAACACUGGCUCUGCUUUAAGUUAAAUGUGUGUGCUGAGUAUCGACAGGUGGGCCUCUCUGGACUGUCCCAUAUACACUAUUGUAUAGAAACUCAUUUUAUAUUCAUUUUCCCAAGUGCAAUGAAGAGUUUGUUUGCAUGUGUGUGUUGUGUCUCAGUAACAUGUAGCCAUCCAGAAACAUCUGCUCUCUUUUCACUCCGAGCCCUGCCUCCAGACCGCAGAGCAUUUAGUUCAAAACGUUUCGCGUGACGAAAACCAAAAUGCUCUCCGGCGGAGCGUUUAGACGACUGGCAUCGACAUUGGCGCAGGUUUUAUUUUAUUUUCCUGGUGGUGGUAAAAUUGCACUAUUUCUGGGAAAUUUUAUAACCUUUCUUUAUAUUAUGCAAUCUUUGUAAGAUUAUUUGUGCACUGACUUUAUUUUUUAAAAGACUGUGGUUUAGCUGUGUGCCGUAUUCUCCUCCUAUCGCGCCCCUUUGUUUGAAUGGACACUCGUCCCUCUAUGGUCUCUACUCGACCUUUUCAUGAUUAAAUGUUACUGUAUAA